GGGACGGUCGCGGGGAGAAGCUCACCGCCUGCAUUCAGAAUGGGUGUGCGCCUGGCGGCCUGGUCCCUGCUGGUGGUGUCUUGCGGGUGGCGGGCAGAGGCGGCGUGCCAGGGCCUGGCGGCUCGAGAAGGUGACGUCACUGUGCACUGCGACGGCGUCGCGCCGGACUGGGCCAACCUGACGACGGCCACCAGCGGCGUCGAGGUGCGCGGCCUGCAGCUGCCGCAGCUGGGCGCGGACUUCCUGGCCGGACACGUCUUGAUGCAGCUGACGCACCUGUACCUGCCCCACAACCAGAUCCGGACGGUGCUGGAGAAUGCGACGGUGGGACUGCCGGGGCUGCUCACUCUGGACCUGUCGCACAAUCGGCUGGAGCGGCUGGAGGCUGGAGCACUGGUCGGCAGUCCGCAGCUGGAGACGCUCGUGCUGUCCCACAACCAUCUGCUGUCGCUGGCCAUGCCGCUGCCUCAGGACUGGGCCUUCCUGCUGCCGCUGACACAGCUCAGCCACCUACAGGUGCGCCACUGCAGCCUGACAUCGGUGCCGGAGGCGGCGCUCGAGGUACUGUCGGACACGGCUCCGUCCGCCGAGCUGGACACGCGCGGGAACCCUUCGGCGGGGCCGCACUGCCGCCAGCUGCGGCAGCGCAUGCGCUACAGCGCGGCGGCGCCCCGACUGCUGUGCGACGCCGCUCGCGCCAGCCGCCUGCGCCGGCCGCCGAGCCUUCUGGUCGUCCUCUGGUGCGUCGUCGCCAUCGUCUCCGUCGUAACUGCCUUGGCCUGCCUCUGGCGCUGGCGCUACGGGAAAGGCGCGAGCACCGGCGUGCCCUACCGCCGCUUCUUCAUCCGUGGCAGCGUGGACGCCUAAUAUUUACCGUAGUUCGUGUACAACUUAACAGCCUCCUCGGACUGUGAAUGGAUUUUAUGUAUCACUCGAAAUACGAACAGAGUCGAGGAGACUGAUUCGUCAGGAGGCAGAGUUUCCAAGUUGUUAUAAAACUAUUUUAGUAUCCUCUGCUGUUCCCAUUAUCUAUAGUGGGCUGCCAAAUUAAAACCGAACACCAGUCACAAUGGGACCAUGGAAUGGUUCCACUCAAAAGUAAUCAGUACACGUGUUAAGACAUUCCCACUGGGAGACAAGACGAUCAGUUCCCGUUUUGUAGCAUGCAGUUGGCCACCGACAGAUAGACCACACCUGCUCUUACACUUCCUCAUCUGAAUGAAACGGGACACCACGGAUGUCUUUCUUUAGGUCACCAAUGAUGUGAAAAACACACGUUGGAAGAUCUGGGCUGUACAGAGACUGCUGCAGUGUUUCCCAACCAAAUCACUGAAUUGUAGCCUUUGGCUGAUUGGCAAUGUGUGGGUCGGAAUUAUCGUGCAACACGAUGAUGCUGUCUGACGGCAUUCCUGGGCAUUUUGACUUUAUGGCAGGUCACAGUCUCUGUAAUUGUCUUCAUAGCGCUAUGCCUCGAUCGUGGUCCCACGGUCAAAGUACUCGAUGAGCACAGGGCCCCUGCAGUUGUAGAUCAUUGUAACCUUACCAGGACUUGUGUGAACAGUUUUGGAUUUAUUUAGCAGGGGAAAUGUGAAAAGUCUAGAGUGCUGGCUUUGCCAUUUGCCCUCGGGCUCAAGAUGAUGGCACAAAGUAAAGUCAUUACGACCUCCUUCCUCACCUCUCGGGGCCCUCGACUGCAGAACCACAAUCAGUGCACAGCGCUAUGAAAACACUUUGCAGUAACUGUGAUGCACCAUGAAGUCAAAACGCCUAGGAAUGUCCUCAGACAGAAUCGCCUGUUGCACGAUAAUGGUCGCACUUACACUGCCAAUUGUAUGAAGGCUACACUUCAUUGAUCUGGUUGCGAAACACUGCAGCAACAUCUGUACAGCCCAGAUGUGAUUUUCACAUUGUUGGCAACCUGAAGUAACACAUGCAUGGAUGUCAGCUUCAAUUAGAUGAGAAAAUGCAAGAGUCAUCGUGGAUCUGUCAGCUGCCAACCGCAUUCUAUGACACAGAAACUGAUCAUCUUGUCUCUCAGUGGGGUCAAUGUCUUAAUGUGCAUGGUUCUUACUUUUGAGUGGUACCCUUCCAUGGUCCCAUUGUGGUGGGUGUUCGGUUCUUAUUUGGUUGCCCCUCAUAAUCUGGCACUAUCUAGAGUGCCACUGUAGCAUACGAGGAAUCACUCGCAAUAAUGGGCUUACUGACUAGAACAAUUUUUAAAAAGACAAUAAUAAUAAUAAUAAUAAUUACCUCAUGUGGCUGAAUGGGCAGGUGCAUGUCUUUCAAUUGGACACCAUUUUGACAACUUGCGUAUCCCUAUCUACUCCAGCUAUUCAGCUGGGUAAAGGGAACCUGUAGUGUAACACGCUGAAUCCUAACUAUGUUUCUUUCCUGGUGCCUACUCACAGCAUUGCGAGGCGAAUUCUAGAUUGAAGGCAGGCUAAAAGUUUCUGUCAUCUGGCCAGGAUCCCAUGACCUUCUGGUUUCCAGACAUGUGUUUUACCAUUUUUUAACUAAUCUGUUAUGAACUGAAAUACAAGAAUUACAUGCUUUUACAGAUGUUGAUGCAUAGCUUAACCAUGAUCAGUAUAGCCUACAAAUUAUUUACACUAAACAAGAAAUUAGUAAUAAUAAUAAUAAUAAUAAUA